UUUUUUUAAACUUUUUUGAAUCUUAAUUUUUAAUUUUGGUUCUUUUAUUUUUCCAAAUUUUUCGAUGAAACUUUCAGAUUGGUGACGGGUCCUGCAGUUUUCCUAGUAAAACGACAAAUUAUUUUUAUAAAUGGUAGUGUUUUUGGCAGAACUGAUCAGUACAAAUUGUUCUCAAUUGUUUUGCUUAAACAUAAUUUUUAAAAUAAAAUGCUAAAGCAAAUCUUAAUUUUUGUGACUACUUAUCUCUUGGUAUCAUCAGAGGAUCAGUUUCGAACCUCAUCAUCUGUUUUGCAUGCAAAGACUCAGCCAAAGAAUGUAGCAUUUGAAGAUUUCGGGAAUUACAGUGGACAAAGCAGCACAGGCAUGAAUUACAAGAAAACGUAUUUCAUCUCCAGAUACUUUAAAUCUUUUUGGCCUGAAUCUAAAUCAAUUUGCAACUCCUUUAACAUGGAGCUAGCUACUUUCGAAACCUUAGAUGAGGCACAAAACUUUGUUACUAUUUUAGAGAAAAAUGAAUACUUCAAAGCUAAUGGACGUUUUGUUCUUGUUGAUGGUGUAACAGACUUACAAGGCUCACCAGCUGAAUGGUAUUGGACAAAUUCUGGUGAGAAAAUUCCAUACAGCAUUCCAUGGGCAGCAGCACAACCUGAUAACUUUUAUAAUAAUGAACCAGUCUUGUCUGUUGGGCGAAUUUCAAUGGAUGAUAAAGUUGGAUUUAAUGAUAUUCCUGCGAAUUAUGCAGCACGGUUUGCAUGUCAGAAAACAGAACUAAUUAAAAAUUAAAAUCUACGUUUUUGUAUUUAAUGUGUUUAAAGGGUUUUAAAGAUAAUAAUAAACUAUUGAAACUUUAAAAUAUAGAU